AUGUGUACACCAGAGGGACAGUUCAGGUUAGAGAAGCUAGGAUUGUUAAAGACUUGGACUUGAUCCGAACCACUCACUACCAUGCACAUUAAAGAGGAGACAGAUAGACAUUUUAAAGCAGUUGACAUAGGAGAUAAGUUUUCCUAUCUACCAGUACUGCCGAGCUUCAUGCUGAUCCCGCUCUUCGUAAGGAGUGGGCGGCUGCACACCUUGAUGACCCUGCGUUCAAAAGAGCUAAGGACCAGUGGCGAGGUGUGUUUCCCAGGUGGAAAGAGAGACCCCAGCGACUGUGACUGAUGUGCACUCACAGCUCUCGAGAGGCAGAGGAGGAUAGCUUCACCUGAUGAUGAGGUGGUCUGUACACUGUUCCCAAUCAUUAAUAAGAGUGGUCUGUUGGUGACUCCCGUUGUUGGCUUUAUAGAAGAGUCAUUUUGUCCCAGUCCAAACCCAGCUGAGGUCAGUGCAGUGUUUACAGUCCCACUGGAUUUCUUCUUCACCAGCAAAAAGACCCUGCCUACAUGUGUUGCUGGGAUGACGGGGCUGCUGCACUCAUUUUAUUUUGUGGACACUGAUUCAGGAAACCACUAUCACUAUGGGGGGUUGACUGCCAUGUUGGCCAUCCUGUUGCGGUCCUCUUGCCUCUUAGAAAGAAAACCUGAGUUUGAAGUUGUUGACUCAGAGGACCCGCUAUCAUUCUUCCAACAGGUCCUACAUAGAAGAAUCAGUAAACUCUAA